UAGAAAUAGGUUUCUAUCAUUUGAUAUCAGAGCCUCCUGCUCACCCUUCCGCUACAACCCAACGUCAUCACCAUGUCCACCAAUUUUACCAUCAACAUGGCAACCCUUCUCUCUGAAAUCAAAAUCGCGGUGGUGGACGAGCUCAAAUCCGCCAUGAUUUCUAAGAUCCAGACUGCCAUCAGUUAUGAAAUUCGGUCGCUGCUGGCGGAGUUCCGUGUCGACAACGGACGUCGUCAGGAGGCAGAGGUGGCGACAGGUCGUUGCCUUGACCAGUUGGAGUUGCGAGUCGAGCAAUUGGAGCAACGAUUGUCGGUGGCUCCCGUCGUGCGGUCUGAGGAUAAGGAAAGAAAACCCAACACGUGCGUGGUGGUCCCAAACUUACCUUCCAUCCACCUGGAGGAUCGGCCGUCGUCGGAAGUUGGGGUGAAAAUGGUGGGCGGUGGCAUCUCCCUUCCUUCCAUUGACCUCCUUACCUCCCGUGAAGAAUAACAACAUUCGUCCCUAGUGGGCCACCAUGUUCCAGCUGCUUAUUCCAAUGGGCCAAAUAAAUUGGGCCAUUUAAAGAGUAGCAGACACCAGGGCGUAGGUAAUGGGUUGGAGAGGUAGCAAGGUCUUCCCUAACCAAACAGUUUUACAUUCAAGCGGCCAUCAGGUUCUGAGUUCGACCACUAUACUAGCUGGGUCCAACCAAAUUUGACCCGACCAGUCCAACAGGGUGAGAGAAAAUUGAACCAUCAAUGGUUCUAUUCAAUGGACCAACAUGUGUUGGAUCAUGAUUCGACAGAGCGAACCAAACAGGCUAAUUAUCAUGUCUACCAUGGGCGCGCGGCGACGGUGUUAAAGCCAGGACAAGUUUAUCGUGUGGAAUAGAGCUGGAAUGACUCCUAUAAAGAUGAAUGUGCGUG